CACGUGGAACCAAAGGGUCGCAGUGUGUUGAAGUUACGGAUGGGGGCGACAUUGUUGUCCGUGAGCGAAAAAGAAAAGUCGCAAACACUUGAUCGUCAUAGUACUGUAGAUUAUAUUUUAAUAUGUCGUCAUGUUUACAAACAUGUAGAGUGAUUGAAGUUGUGCGACAAACUAUUUAACAACAUUUUGAGUUUUUAACCACGAAUUUUUAAUGAAAUUACCAAUAGACGCGAUGACCCGGAAGAGGAUUACGCCACUGUUCGGGUUGAUGAGGUGCACUUCGAGAAUACUUCGGAGUAAACCCCAAAACCGAGUACGAAGAUGCCAGCGGCCGACGACUCAUGUGACAGCGUCGUGGACAACAUCUGCCGGCUCGAGCCAGACUUGUUAGCAGAACCAUGUCAGCACGUCCUGAGAUAUCUGCUCGGACAGACAAAAGGAGUCGAUUCAUCUGAAGUUUGUGAUAUAUUUCAGAGAGGCCGAGUCACACUUGACCACGAAUCUUUACAGAGCGUUGUCACAUUCCUCUUGUCAACGUUCAGAACUGCUGCGAAGAGCAAACUGUCUGCAGACGACCUGGUGUCACGACUAGAAGAACGCAGCAGCAGGUGGACCAAAGAGUCACUCCAGGUGUUUCACAGCUUGUGGAGUGAACACGGCGACUCGGUCCAAGUCCCGCCGGUCCCCCAGGACUUGCUCAGCGUCGGUCGGCUCGUGGACAUGCAGUGGAAGCUGAGCAUGGCGGUGAGCUCGGACACGUGCCGCUCUCUCAACUCGCCCUUUGUCACCGUCCUGCUGAAGAUCGCCGCGUCCUCGGGCCAGAUCCACCAGAAGGUCUUUGAGAUGACGGUACCGCAGUUUCAGAACUUUCACAAGCAGAUGAAGGAGCUGGCGGCUGUCAUGGAAACCGUUUGAUAACAAAUGACUGCAAAUGCCAACGUUUACCGUUUCCUCACAUUUUCACACGAGCGAAUGGAUAUUUUGUACUGUUUGAGGUUCGUUUCUUUCCCCAAAUCUGCAGUGUCGCGUGAUGCCAACAGUUGUGAAAUUUCAUGAAAAGACAUCACAAAUGAUUUGUCGGAUCAGAAACGUGAGUUGAUUGUUUCAGUCAUGUGCCGAAAAUGUCGUCGCCAGUCUCGGUUGAGCGUUUGCUAAUCUUCCAAACAUCAUGUUUGGGGGACGUGUGGUCGAGAGUGGAAGUGCAAGCGCUCGUUUUGAUGGACCUUCAGGUGAUGAACGGAGAUAAAAUACUUGCUGAAACAACAUAUGAAAAUAUUUAUUUUAGCGGUACAUCUGUGAAGAUAACUGAGAUUCAAAAGUCCAUAUUUUUCACUUCAUUUGUGGGAUCAAUAAAUCAACGGAACCUUUUA